ACAUUAGAUGAGCCAAUGACUUGUUCGUCCUUUGCCAUUGAAGGGAUAGCAACUCUAAAAAUGAUUUCGCUGCCCAAAAGUUCAAUAAUUCAGGCAGCUGUAAAGGCAGUUCCAAGAGGAAAUCUGUUGUCUGUUAGUUUGCCAACAAUUUCAACACCAUCUAAAAUUACAGUUGAACAACCAGCUAAGAAACUCACAAGUUUUUCUCUUUCUCAAAACCUCGUAAGAACUGUUCCGAGCGUUAGCACAUCUUUAUCAGGUACAACACAAGUACGUUUUGCCCACACAGACUUGAAAGUACCAGAUUUUUCUGCAUAUAGACGUGACCAGGUUAAGAAAGCUGACUCACAGUCUGGACAGUCAGAUGCUGAGAGAAAACUUACAUCCUACCUUGUUGUAGGAGCUGGAGCAGUAGCCUGUGUUUACAGUGCCAAGGCCAUUGUCAGGGGUAUUGUGUCUAAUCUGAGCUUUGCUGCAGAUGCCCUGGCCAUAUCUAAAGUAGAAAUCAAGUUAGGAGACAUCCCUGAAGGUCGCAAUGUGACAAUCACAUGGAGAGGCAAGCCUUUGUUUGUCAAACACAGAACAGAAGAAGAGAUUGCCACUGAAGCUGCUGUGGAUAUCUCUCAGUUAAGGGAUCCCCAGCCUGACUCUGAAAGAGCUAGCAAUCCUAAAUAUCUCAUUUUGAUUGGUGUGUGCACACAUUUAGGCUGUGUACCUAUUGCUGAGGCUGGUGAUUUCUCUGGAGGUUACUUCUGUCCAUGCCAUGGUUCACAUUAUGAUGGCUCUGGAAGAAUCAGAAAAGGCCCAGCCCCCCUUAAUUUGGAGGUCCCCCAUUAUGAGUAUUUAGAUGACACAACAGUAGUUGUUGGUUGAUUUAGUUUCUUACUUAGGAAAAUGACAUAUUUUUUAUUUGUAAAUUGUUUCAAUUUUUGUCAAUUGAUCAAUAUUGUUAGAGUUAACACUUUUUAUGUAACAUAUUUUUAAAAAAAUUGCUACAUUUAAGUAUUGUUGUUUUUUUAAAUUAAGUGUAAAAAUUUGGUCUACUGGUAGUUUUGUAGGCCCCUCCUAUUCACAGACCAUAUUUAUUGCUGAUUGAUAAAUAAUUGGAUAUAAAUAAGAAUUUGUCAUGAAAUAAAAAGUCCAAAAGAAAUAAAUAUUUAUUAUACUGUU